CAAAACAGAGAGGAAUAUCCCUUAUUUGCACGUGGAUUCUGGUGUGAUCAACUCUUGUAAAGAUGACAUCAUUAGCACAUCAGUUGAAGAAGCUGGCCCUGCCGCAGAAUGACCCUAAUCUGCUCAGCCUAAAGGAUGUCGCCUCUGUGCUCUUUGACCCUAAAGAUGCUGCCAACAUGGACAGAAGCACCUUCUAUGCACUAGGCUGCACGGGUCUUGAGGAGCUGAUGGGUAUUGAUUCAGCGUUCUGUGAGUUUCAGGAAACUCUAUUCAGUCAAGCAUCUUUGACUUUAGAGCGCAGCGUUCAGUCCAAAGAGGUCAACAAGAAACUGGACAAGACAAUAUCUCUCUUUCUCACUAGACUGUCACCUUACUUUCUUCUCAAGCCUGCUUUGAAGUGCAUUGAAUGGCUUGUUCACAGAUUUCACAUUCAGCUGUAUAACCAGGACAGCCUGAUUGCUUGUGUUUUACCAUACCAUGAGACUAAAGUAUUUGUGCGAGUGAUUCAACUUUUAAAGAUUGACGAAUCGACCCACAAAUGGCACUGGUUGCAUGGACUUCAGAAACCUGGUGUACCUCUGGCUCGAGGAACUCUGCUCACUCACUGCUAUAAGGAUUUAAGCUUCAUGGAUUUCAUCUGUAACGUGGUCACGAAAUCAGUGAAGGCAUACUCUGGAUUUUUUCGUGAUGGGAACUGUCCACAGAUGAGGGUGAUUUUCUCGUUCUAUGCAUCUACCAUUGUUCCUGCACUUGAAGCAGUGGAGAAGAUAACUAAUCCUAUUAUCGCCAAACUACUGCCAUAUAUACAACUGGGGCUUAAAUCUGAACUUCUGGAUUACAAGGCUGCCAGUUACAUGAUCAUAUGCCAGCUGGCAGUAAAGGUAGUGAUGGAAGCUCACCUGGUGGACUCUUUGACUGUGCAGUUAAGCAAGUCACUCAGAGGAACACCACAGCUGGCCAGAGAGGGAUUGAGCUGCAUCAUUAUCCUCCUGCAGAACCAGAAAGAGCAAGCAGUUGAUCCAAAAGCAUUUGGGAACCUUUGUUCUGUGCCUACCCUGGUGUCCACCCUGCAGAGUAUAGCUACAGUCCAUGACAUCAGUCCUCUACUGCGAUACUUGCUGCCUCAUCUCAUUCACUCUGUCAUCAACCAGGAUGGUGAGCAGCAGCAGAAUGAAAAUUCUUCAGGAUUUCUUGCUGGAAACUGCAGCUCUCUGUUACAAUCAAUCUUUCAGAACCUUCAGUUGACCAGCAGCCUGGAGAAAACUGCAGCCAAACUACUUCUGGAUGAGUAUUUUUCCUGUGGCAGGGAGCUUUCCUCUGAUGGGAUUUCAGCUUUAAACCUAAGGCUGCAGUCUACCAUACGACUCUUUGAAUCCAGGUAUCCAGGUGCACUGGAUGUGGCACUCGAGCAUCAUGUUAAAAAUGUCUCAUCCGACCAUGAAAAAAGUCUGUUUCACAAGUUCAUCUCCCUGACUAUGAGCUGUGGAAAAUAUCAAAUCCUGGCAGAGUCGGACACCUCUAUGAUGCUAAGCCUGAAUCAUCCAUUACCCUCUGUGAGAAACAUGGCUGUAGACUACCUAAAAGAGAUCCUCACCUCUGAACAUAGUGGCUUUGAUGAGGCAUUUGUGAAGGAAGCGUUGCUGGAUAGAAUAAAAGAUGAUGUUCCAGAGAUUGUGCUCUCUGCCAUUACAGCACUGGAGGUGCACAUGGGCCGGAUGGAUUCACAGGAAAUUGUUUCCGGCUUUAUUUCACUCCUCCAUCGCAUCCAACCAUCAGCAGAGUGGUACUCUGUGUUAAAAGAGGCCGUUCGAGUUAUCACUGACCCGUGUGUCACUGAGGGAAACCCAGAUCUGAAGGAUCAAAUAUGUUUGGAGCUCCUGCCCUUCCUAGUGGUUACCAGCACUGUUCCAGAGUGUGUGGACCUGCAGCUGGCAUCUUGUGUUGCUGAAACCACUCUGCUCUCAGAGUACUCUCUAACUCGCGGAUGGGCUAAAGUGCUGAAAGAUGUUCUGGCCAAAACCUCUCCGUCAGAUGUGCUGGGUGUGACCAAUCAAAUGCUCACAACCACUCUCGUCAAGAAUAUAGACAACAUGGAUCAUGCAACAAAACGCAACACUGUGAAGAAUGUGUGUGAUAUGUUUAGUCGUCAGAGCAGCGGUGUGCGGGAGAGAGCAGUGUUUGUUGUGUUCAGUAAUGCAUUGCUUCAGAGUCUGCAGUCAAUGACAGAGAGUCAACACCUGCACACAGCUCAGAGUGUUUUUAAACUGCUGGAGCCUUCUCUGCUACAGCUGUACAUUAUACAACCUGAACAGGUUUUUAAUGAGGCUGUAGAGGUAUGUGUACCGGUGUUUGUGGGUUUGGGUGAGUUCCUGCAGAAGAUGAGCUCUGGUCUGAGUGCUGAAAGGGAACACAGUCUGCUGCUGCUCUCACUGCUGAGGCUUUUCAUCAAUGUACUCAAAUGCCCAGAUUCAACAUUUAAAGAGUUAUGGUGGAACCCAGAGAAGAUAGACACGAACACCUGCUGUUACCUGCAUCUUCUGUGUCGUCUGUUUGAUGUGGUUAUAUCAGGGGCCAGUCACGGGCCCUUGGCCCCCUGCUUCAGAAGUCUCAUCCGGCCUCUGUUACAGGUGCAUCUCAGUGAUCCGAUGACCCUGUUUAAGUUCCUCUCUCUCUUAUGGGGCUACAACAGUAAUUUGGGUGAUCAGCUAGAUUGUCGAGUCAAUGCCAUACUGCAAACUCAGGCUCUUUAUGUAGGAAAGGCUUUGCUUUCUUGCCAGCCAAUAAAAACCCUCAACCUACUAGCAUCAGGUUCCUCACCAGUGGUGCCAUCGUUGCUGGUGUGUCUGUGUUCAGGCAUAUGUGAGGUUCGGAAAGCUGCCAUCGCUGUGCUCCAAACUCUUUCAGGGGUUGUUUCUUCACCAUACCAUCCGCUGGUGGAGAACCUCCUCAGAUCAAGUGAUGAGAUCAUCGCUGACCACUCAUAUCUCAGUCAGGCGCUGUCCAAGCUUUACGAAGAGGCAAUAUCAGGGAAAGAGAAGAAGAAUAAGCUGUUGUCUAUCGAGCAACUCCUCCAGUGUGUGCAGUUACCCUGCUGCCCUGCAUACACCUCCAAAACAUUGCUGAGGGCACUUCAGGAUGUGCAUGGAGAGCCCAUUUUGGCUUUUCUUCUCCCUGCUGUGGAGCGUCUUCUUGAGCAGUGUGCUCCAGACACCGGCACCUUCCUGCCUGAUGAUGCUCUCCUCCUGCAGCUGCUGAUGAGCAAGUUCACUGACAAGUCUGCACCUUUACUGGUCAAAGACCCCCUAUGCCUGGAGGUCUUCAUCAGAGCACUGCACACCUCAGCCAAGCCAUACCCUACUAUGCCUAGUUUCCAGAUUAUUGCCCUCGAGCAGAUCACCAAGCCCUUCUUCUCUGCUCUUGGAGAUAAGAAAGUUCAGCAGAGGAUUCUUGCUGUUCUGUUUGAUUUACUGGUGGGGAACAAAAACCCUGUCUGUGCCCAAUCUAUCAACAGUGUUUUUAAAGCGAUUGCUGUGGAUGCAGAGUUAGUGGCCAAUGAGUUGACGCCUGCAGAUAAACAUAGAGUUGCAGCUACAGUUCAACAAGCACGCAGGAGUAAACUACAGCAGAGAAAAACAAAAGAAACAUGCGUGGCAGGGCCAGAGGAUAGCAGUGUCUCUUGGCCGAGGGUUACGCUAAUUUUAGAACUGCUUCAACACAAGAAGAAGCUAAAGAGAGCUCAGUGUCUUGUGCCUGCUCUAUUUAAUCUACUCUCCAGAUGUCUAGAGCCUGCUGCAGCUGAGCAGGAAAAUCUAGAGUACACAAAACAACUACUCCUUGGCUGCUGCCUCAACAUCUGCCAGAAACUUUCUCCUGAUGGAGGACCUAUUAGCAAAGAUGUGUUGGAGGAGGACAAAUUUAACGUGGAGCUGGUGGUGCAAUGCGUCAGAACAUCAGACAUGCCCCAAACUCACCAUCAUGCCCUGCUGCUGCUCGGGGCCCUGGCGGAGAUCUUCCCUGAGAAGGUUCUUCACAACAUCAUGCCCAUCUUUACUUUCAUGGGUGCCAACAUUAUGCGACUGGAUGAUACAUACAGUUUCCAGGUCAUCAACAAGACUGUGCGGGCAGUCAUCCCUGCUCUUAUAAAGGCGCAUAAGGGUGGCUGUGUCCAGUCAGAGGGUUAUAUGGAGACUGUGGUGACUCAUAUCAUACAUGUGUUUGUUGAUGCCCUGCCUCAUGUCCCUGAGCACAGGCGCUUGCCCAUUCUCAGUCAGCUGCUUGGCACGCUGGACCCUUCCCACUUCCUCUGGGUCCUAAUGCUUCUCCUGUUCAAACAGCAUGUCACACAAACUUCUGUCAAUGCAACUGGAGCUGAGAAGGAGUCUGUUGUGGAGAGGGAUCAGGACUUCUGGAUCUCAGUUUGUUGUGAGUUUGAGGUGAAGGAACAGCUCACUUCUCUCAUCAAGAUCAUACAGUAUCUCAUGACUGUACCACAGGACAGUGAAGAAGUUCCUGAGAAAAAGAGGACUCAAGGGAGAAGUGGAGUGAAGAAGGAAGAGACAGUCUCUGAUUUGAUAUUCAGUGUGGACACUCACAGUGGCAAAGAACUCCGGCACUUUAAAUUCCUCUCCAUCUCUUUCAUGGCUCAGUUACUGGCCUCUGACAGUUUUGUUGGAAAGGUGGCCGACUAUGAGGACCUAACAGAAAGUGCCUUACAGAAUCUUCAGCAGAGUCUACUGGAAGAGGUUCUGCGCUACAUUCAUGCAGUUGCUCGAUGUGUGGAAGAUAACUCGGACAAACCCACAGCCAAGUUCUGGAGAGCUCUGCUCAGCAAGACCUAUGACACCUUGGACAAGGUAAAUGCCCUGCUACCCAUGGGCACCUUCAUCACAGUAAUGAAAGGGCUGUUGGGUAAUCAGUUGGCAUCAGUAAGGAGGAAGGCCAUGGAGCUACUCAAUAACAGACUACAUCAGAGGACACAGUGGCAAGAAGAAGAGGUCGUUCUGCUUCUUGAGCUCAUUGAUGACCUCUUGAGCAUUGUGGGUCGUGGUCAUGGUCAGUUCACUGCACAGGAAGAGGAAGAACAGGCUAUCAAUCGACAGACAGCACUUUACAGUCUCAAACUACUGUGCCGCAGUUUCAGCUCCAGCCACCAGGAGGCGUUCGUUCCAGUGCUGAAUAAAGCUGUGGAGCUGGUUGCUAAUAAAGAUGAGGAGAAGAACGUCAUUGGUAGUGCCUUGCUGUGUUUGGCUGAAGUGACAAGCACACUGAAGGCCCUCGCUGUACCACAGUUACACAGGCUGAUGCCUGCAGUAUUGAACACACUGAAAGAGAGGAAAGAUCUGUUGACCAAUGAAAUCUACCUGCUGAGUGCCGUCACUGCGCUACAACGAGUGUCAGAGACACUACCACACUUCAUCAGCCCCUACCUGCAUGACACCAUCUCACAGGUGACCCGUUUAAUUCUGCUAGCCGAGCGACUGACGUCUUGUCCUCAGCUUGCUGUGCGUCUUGCGUCUCUCAGCUCAACACUUGCCACUAAAGUGCCCUCCAGGGUCCUUAUUCCCACCAUCACUAAAUGCUACAGCAGCAUGGUGGAUGCACAACAGAAACGCCUUGGUCCUCUGAUGAGUAUUCUGAAGAAGCACAUCGCUCACAUGGAGAAAGAGCAACUUGGCAACCACCAAUCAGAACUCACCUCCUUUUUCCUCUCUGCUCUCGACUUCCGUGCACAACACUGUCAGGGUGAUCUGACGAAGACUAGUGAGGUUGAGGGACAUGUGAUCGACUGUCUGCUAGUGAUGGUCAUGAAACUUUCAGAAGUCACCUUCAGACCGCUCUUCUUCAAGUUCUUUGACUGGUCAAAGAUGGAUGGAGCUUCUAAAGAGCGUCUGUUGACCUUCUACAGACUGGCAGACCAUAUUGCUGACAAACUCAAAGGACUGUUUGUGUUGUUUGCUGGACAGCUCGUCAAACCCUUUUCUGACUUGCUUCGUGAACUCAAUGUUGCCCACACAGAUGAAGCCUUCUUUGAUUCUGAUUCUGAUGAUGGUAAUGUGAGGAAGAGCAGUCUGCUGCUGCAGUAUGUGUUGGACUGCCUCCAUAAGAUCUUCCUCUAUGAUACUCAGCGCUUCCUCAGUAAAGAGAGGGCUGAUGCUCUGUUGGGCCCCCUGGUUGAUCAGCUGGAGAACAUGUUGGGAGGAGAGGUGACCUAUAAGACCCACAUCACCAAACAUCUGGUGCCUUGUAUCGCACAGUUUGCUGUUGCCAUGGGAGACGAUUCGCAGUGGAAAAUUCUCAAUUAUCAGAUUCUGCUGAAGACUCGUCACAGCUCACCAAAGGUACGUUUUUCAGCACUGGUGAUGUUGCUGGAGUUGGCCUGCAAGCUGAAGGAGAACUACAUGGUUCUGCUGCCAGAAACCAUCCCAUUCCUGGCUGAACUCAUGGAGGAUGAGUGUGAAGAAGUUGAACAACAGGUGCAGAAGGUAAUUCAAGAGAUGGAGACUAUCCUCGGUGAACCACUGCAGAGCUACUUUUAAUCCCACCUGAGAUCAACAUAACUGAUCUCUGACCAUCAGAGAUGCUACGGAUACCGAUUUCAGUGUGCAAUCACAUAUUUACUCAUUAACUGUUGAUGGAACAUGCGUCAUUCUGCAGGUCCAGUGGCAUGCCUCAUCACUGCUUGACCUCUGGGUUACUGUCCUACUGAGUUGCCUGAUGAUAUCACAACAUUAAACGCCACAGAUUUGAGCAAUUUCCAGAUGAGACAGGCUUUGACUCGAAGAUUAUAUAAAAAUGGCAUGUAUGACAUUUAAAUGUCUUUAGAGUUUUUAGAAAGUAACAAUUUUAUGACAAUGAAUGACAUUUUGUAAUCCAUACUGAUGUAUUUCUCUGAAAGUCUAUGAAUAUCCGUAAAAAAGAUGAAUCUUGAAAAUGUGUAUUUGUUUGAUUAAAGCCAAAAAAGGGGUUUCAAAUCAACAUGAAAUUAAUAUAGUCUCUAUUUGCUUGCCUUUAAUACAUGUCCCUGGUCUUAUUGUGAACAAUUUAUCUGUGCGUAAUCAUCAUAAUAUUUCAUCCAAAUGUAAUAAUUUGUAUUUAUUUUUUUCAGCUGAUGUCAGCAAGUCUAUUAUUUCUCAACUCCAGUACUGUCAUACAUGGUUUUUUUUUUUCUCUCAUUAAAUAUUGUUUCACUCGGAAAUAAUCCAAAUACGGAAGUAAAAUCAGUUGUG